AAGAUGUGGGUAAAUUAAAGAUCAUCUUACCUGUUAUGUUUAGAAGUCCAGCAAUUGUAACAAAAUAUAAGAAAUUGGUCAUGGCUAUUGAAUUUAUGGAAUACUGGAAAACAAUAAAUGUUGAUCAGUAUUGUCCUUAUAGUGAUACAGGUUUUUCUGAAUUAAGUUCUUCUAAACAUAGAAGAGAAAUUAAUGUUAAUAUAAAUGAAGACAAUGAAAAAGAAAACAAUGGUGAGAAUUUAAUGGAAACUGACUCACAUAACGAUCCUAUAGCUGAAUUAUUUAAACUAGUACAAGUUAAUAGAAAGCACACAUGUAGUUCACCUAUCGAAAAGCCUUAUUUUGUUGCCGGAAUUUUUCCUCAAAUUUGUAAUGUAUGUAGAAUAUUAGAAGAUUUAAUACAAGUGGAGAAUGAGUUACCAUAUUGCAGAGAAU